AGCCGCGCAUGCGCAGUGCUUUCCGCGCCAAUUUCGAGCCGAGAGGCAGACAGAGCGAGACGCGGAGGAGUAGUCGCUAUGAUAGGGCAGAGGACCCUGCGGUCUUUCUUCUCCCCGGUCGCUGCCGAGAAGCGGAGUCGACCCGCAGAUAGCAAUGGAGACGCCGAUGAAAAGCCCUGCAAAAGAGCCAAGGCGGAGCCGGGCCCCCCGCUCAGCCCGGAGCAGCUGGAGCGCAUCCGGAGGAACAAAGAGGCGGCCCAGCAGAGGCUGCGCCAGGCCCGCUCCAGAGGAGGAGGCGCCCUCCUCACCGACCAGAUCGCCCCCGCCUGGAAAGCGGCCCUCGAGCACGAGUUCCACAAGCCCUACUUCAGCCAGCUCAUGUCCUUUGUUGCCGAGGAGCGCCGCCGACACACAGUGUUCCCUCCCCCGCACCAGGUCUUCACUUGGACCCAGAUGUGUGACAUUAGCGAUGUGAAAGUAGUGAUCUUGGGCCAAGACCCCUACCACGGCCCCGGCCAAGCCCACGGCCUCUGCUUCAGUGUCCAGAGGCCCCUCCCACCGCCACCCAGCCUAGAGAACAUUUACAAAGAACUGGCCGCAGAUAUUGAAGGGUUUUCUCAUCCGGGACACGGAGACCUGACCGGAUGGGCCAAACAAGGUGUGCUUCUGCUGAAUGCGGUGCUGACAGUGCGUGCGCAUGAGCCGACUUCUCACAAGGAGAAGGGCUGGGAGGCCUUCACGGAUGCAGUGGUCGCCUGGCUGAACCGGAACCUGGAUGGCCUUGUCUUCCUCCUCUGGGGCUCCUACGCGCACAAGAAGGGCAGUGCCAUCGACAGGAAGCGUCACACAGUGCUGUUGGCGGCUCACCCGUCCCCUCUCUCUGCGCAUCGAGGUUUUCUGGGCUGCAGGCACUUCUCCAAAGCCAAUGCGCUGCUCCAGAAGUCUGGCAAACGGCCUAUCCAGUGGGGAGACCUUUGAGGUCUUGGUCACUUUUCCGAGGUUUUUGGCUUCCAGGUUCUAGGUUCUUACGUUUUGAUUGCUUUCAUGCAUUCGGUCCAUAUUCAUAUUGUUACAUCUCGUUCUUCCAGACUGGUAUGUUUCAAUACCAGCUUUAUGGCUUUUAUGGGAAUGACACUUGUUUACAAUGUUGUUGUUGUUGUUGUUUAUUUUUAUACAUUUUUUUAAAUAAACUGCAUUUGUUUUGCUA